AUUUGAUUCUUUAGCCAUGGCAAUCCUGCUGAAUUCAAUGUCCCCUAUUGUGAACCAAUUGCCAGAAACUACCAGAAAGGGUUGUGGGUUCUUCUCUCAAAUCCCAAAUCUCCACACAUUUUCCCUCAAUAGGGGCUUUUCUAGAGUUUUAGCAUCUACCCAGAUCACCAUUUCUCCAAAAGACACUGUUGUUACUUUGCCCAACCGGAGGUCUACGAAGAGCGACUCAAGAAGUAGGGAACCUAGACUUAAUGAUGCAUUUCUUCAUUUGGAGAAUAUGGUAGGGAAGGGCCAAAAGCCUGAUGUACCUCAAGCAACACAACUCUUGUAUGAUCUGUGCAAGGCAAAUAAGAUGAGAAAAUCGAUUAGGGUGAUGGAGAUGAUGGUUACUUCUGGUAUUAUACCUUAUGCAGCUUCGUACACGUACUUGGUGAAUUAUCUGUGUAAAAGAAGAAAUGUUGGGUAUACAAUGCAAUUGGUGGAAAAAACGGAGGAACAUGGCUUCCCAACCAAUGUUGUUACUUAUAAUUCGCUCAUUAGAGGACUUUGUAUGCAUAGUAAAUUGAACUAGAGCUUACAGCUUCUGGAUAGAUUGAUGCAAAAUGGGCUAAUCCCAAAUGCAUUCACAUACUCCUUGCUUGAAGCUGCUUAUAAGGAAAAAGGAGUAAAUGAAGCCAUGAAGCUAUUGAAUGAGAGAAUUGCCAAGGGUGGGAAGCCUAAUUUGGUUUGUUAUAACAUUUUGUUAAUUGGGUUGUGCAAGGAACGUAGGAUCGAAGAGGCCAUUCAUCUCUUCAGGGAUUUUUCAUCCAAGGGGUUCAAUCCAAACGUUGUGAGUUAUAACAUUUUGUUUAGGAGUUUGUGCUAUGAGGGGCAGUGGGAGGAAGCAAAUGAGCUUUUGGCUGAGAUGGAUGGUGAGGAUCACUCACCCUCAAUCGUUACUUACAACAUAUUGAUUGGUUCGCUUGCUCUGAACGGCAAAACUGAACAUGCGCUUAAGGUGUUAGAUGAAAUGAUGAUCAGAUGGUUCAAGCCUACUGCUGCAAGCUACAACCCAAUAAUUUCUCGUCUCUACACUGAGGGGAAGCUAGAUCUUGUGGUCAAGUGUUUAGACCAAAUGAUUUAUCGUCAUUGAACUCCCAGUGAAGGAACUUACAAUGUGAUUUCUAUUCUCUGUGAGGAGGGGAUGGUGCAAGAGGCAUUCUCUAUAGUUCAAAGCUUGGGUAAUAAGCAAAACUCUUCCAUGCAUGAUUUCUACAGAAGUGUGAUUACAAGCCUGUGCAGGAAAGGGAAUACAUAUCCAACAUUUCAGCUUUUAUAUGAGAUCACAAAGCAUGGAUUUACACCAGAUUCCUACACCUAUUCAUCGUUAAUUAAAGGAUUGUGUAUGGAAGGAAUGCUAGAUGAGGCUAUGGAGAUAUUCUGGGUAAUGGAAGAAAAUAACUAUAGGCCUAAUAUUGACAAUUUCAAUGCACUUAUACUUGGAUUUUGCAAAUCUCAAAGAACAAAUUUGUCCUUGGAGAUUUUUGAGAUGAUGAUUGGGAAAGGGUAUAUGCCUAAUGAAACAACUUAUACCAUUCUAGUGGAAGGGAUUGCCCAAGAAAAAGAAAAUCAACUAGUAGCCAAAGUUUUGAAAGAGUUGCAUCUUAGACAAGUUGUGAGUCAGAGUACAAUGGAGAGACUUGUUAUGAAGUAUGACCUUGAGGGUCUCCCAGUAUAGAUAACAUAAGAAUACCAUGAGUAUAGAAAGAAGCAAACAUGACCAUGGGUUUUGUUGGAGAAAGAUUUGUUUAUUCAGUUUGAUAGCUGUGUACAAUCAUGGAUUUUGUAGAUUGGUCAAUGAAAGAAAGCCUCUUUUGGAAGAUGAUAUUGUAUACUAUUGUUUAGAAGUGAACAACUUCAUGCA